AUGGCGAUGGCCACAUCGACUAGUGCUGCCUCCGGCGACAUGUCGAGCAUGUCAAUGUCAAUGUCUGAAAUGGCCAUGACAUUUUUCGAAGCCUUCCAAACACCUCUAUACUCAGACGCAUGGACACCGACAAGUCCUGGUCAAUACGCCGGCACCUGCAUCUUCCUCAUCGUGUUAGGCUCCAUUUUGCGCCUGCUACUCGCUCUGAAGCCAGUGCUCGAAGACCGCUUCUGGAGAAAUUACCCCGCAUACGAACCAGACAAGCAGGCCUUGACAAGUCACCAUGCGGAGAGUGUUGAGCCAGGUCAGGCUGGCUCGGUGGUCCGCAAAGAUAUUGUUGGACGAUGGAAAGGGUGGCGGGCUGGUGCCGCCGCGGCGAGGGCAACAUAUGAAGUCAUUGUGGGAGGCAUUGGAUAUCUCUUGAUGCUUGCAGUUAUGACGAUGAAUGUUGGCUACUUCCUCUCCGUGCUUAGUGGUGUUUGGCUGGGCACAUUUCUGCUUGGCGGCUUAGCAGGUGGCAGCCCAACUAUUCACUGCUAG